ACCAAUUGAAAUAAAGUUGUCAACGGUAAACGCAGGUUACUCUGUGCGAACACAAAAUGGCCGAGGAGGAAAAGUCUUGUUUACAAAAUAUUGAAAUUUACUCAGAUUGUAAAGGUGCAGACGAAGUCGCGAGUAAUUUACCAAAUAUUUUUGAAGCGUUGUCCAAUGAUUUGUCACGUGAUGGCCAUGAGAUAGAUGUUGAUAUGCAUGAGCCUGAACCAAAGAUAACUAACACAUGUGAAUCUGAAAUAGCAGACAGUGCUGACAAUCUUGGGACAGACGGUGUUCAUCAGAAUAUUCAAGCCGAACAUGAGCAAGGUCACGUAGCAAAUGGAAUUGGAGACGGUAUUCAGGCUUUGGAUAGAAAAUCCAUAAAAAGUGAGCAACUUUUUUAUGAGCCAAACCCAAAGCGGUUGAAACUGCAGAUCCCCCAGUACCAUGUUCACACCAGUGUUGGCAGUGACAAUAGUUCAUCAAGUGUCACCACCAGUAGUACCAGCCCAGUGUCUUCUGGGGAAAAUUCUAGCCCAGAAGGAAAACGUCGUCGAAUUCAGCAUGAUUAUCGACGGCUGUCGAGCUCAGGAUAUGUUGAUGACUAUGAGAGAAGUAAAGACAGUAGAUUCACAACACCUUCAGAGGCAGACAUUCUUCCAAUAUCGCCUGGAAGGUGCAAAAGUGCAUCCCCUAGGAACAAAUCUCCAGUGAACGGUUCUAAAUUAUAUUUGCAGUCUCAUUCACAGUCUAUGCUACCUUGUACUUCAGAUGUUCAGGCUGAAGAAAAUGCAAACUCUGACCAUAAGCUCAAGACUUCUUUUGUCAAGACAGGGCUCUCUGAGAAGGAAGAAAACGUUUCCAGCAAAGAUCAGCAACACUCUCAUCAUCACAGUCCACCCAAACACAAAUCUAACCAUGGCAGCAAUUGCAGUGAUCUCGACCACACAUCCCCUUCACCUGCUGUAGGCGCUCCACAUAAGCAUCACCAUCAUCAUCAUCGUCACGGCGAUUACCAUCACAAGAAGCAUCAUAGCAAAAAGCUUGACCUGUCCAUCGAUGGGCAAAGGGAACUCUUGAAUAUUUCUCCACUGAAGAUUCUUAUUCGUGACCCUCUGAAAGCUGCAGCAAAGUCCAUUGUUUCCCCACCAGCAAGGCUAUUCGACUCAGUUGUGAACAGCGCUCCUACUGAAACAGAGUCCCGUGCUGCUGAUGUUGGGAAUAACAGUGGGGAGAAACUCAUUGUAGCCGAGAAUCCUGUUGGACAAGAAGUUCUUGAUACUGGCCAGGGAAGAAGUCCCAACUGUAAAGAGUUGUUUCAUCCUCAACAAGGAGACUCUUUCAAAGAAUCUCUCAGUGGAAAAGACAUUGAUAGCAAAGGACAAACUGUUACAAUAGAUGAAGGUGUCAGCAUUAGGGAAGGUGUGAAGCCUAAUGACAGUCCGACAUUUUCUGGUAAUUCAGACAGUGGCAAUUGUCCUAUAAAAGUGGAGGAGAUCCCUUAUUGUAAAGGGGAAAGCAGUUCUCCACAGGAGGCGAGACAUCUAAAUGAGGGAGGUGCUGUGAACAGUGAGAUGUUUCCUGAGUGUGAGUCAUCCUCUCCUGUAGUGCAGCCUGACAACCAUUGUAGUAAUAGAAAAGAAAAAACUGUUAAAGCUGAGGUGGUAGAUACUGACUGUCCCGUGAUGGAGGUUACGGCCGGAUGUCUCCAAGAGUUUGCUGCUGACAACUGUGAUAAGCGGUCAAUGGCUUCAGAACAGCAAGCCCUCGCUGUCAUUGUUUCUAAUUCUUUGAGCAAUCACUCUAUGAAAGAAAAACUGGAUAGUCUCGUUAGUGAUUCAAUUCCACCAUCUGUUGGUAUGAAACAUUGUAUGCCGUCUGGUAAACAUAAUUCAAGUACCACCAUGUCACCGAAGAAACAUCCUUUAUCUUCACAGGUCUCUAGUGAUAAAAAGGUUUCAUCAUCUAGCAAAGAACAUGUACAUCAUGGCUCUUCAUCUUUGACACCUUCAAAACAUAAGCAGUCAUCUUUAGUUUCAUCAUCAGCGUCUUCUGGCCCACACCCAGCAAAAUCUGCCUCUUCUCACCUAAAAGAGAAGUCAAGUGCCCAUGUAUCAAAAGAUUAUUCAUCCUCAAAAGCGUCAUUAUCUUCAUUGUCAUCAACUAAAGUUCAUGUUUCCAGUAGUUCUCAUAGGGAUAAACAUUCUUCAGCUUCUUCUAAACCAUCAGCAUCUCGACCAAAAGAGAACAGAGGGGUACAGGUAUGUUCUGAUAUACUUCAGCCGUCCAGUGUUGAUUAUCUCAUUCGACUGAACAUGAACUCGGAUAUUUUGGAUGAAGUAAUCCAGCCUCGCUUCCGUCAAUAUAUUCAUGUUGAGAAGUAUUCUAAUGGUGGAGCGCUCAUCGUCCACGCAUUCCAUGAGCAGUUACAACAGCUGGAUGGAGAGAGCAUGGAGGAGUUUGUGGAGCAGUAUUUCCAACUAGUGUUUGGGGAGGUGAUGGAGGGAGAGAGUCGCUGCGUCAUGGGCAUCGUGCACGGCGCUGCUAAGCCCAUGCCAGACUUUCUUGACUACCUUGUGGAGCACCAUCCAGGUCUAACAGUUAAGACUGGCAACAAAGGGAACAAGUCAGAUAUUGAAACAACGACCAUUGAGAAGUUCAGAGAAUCUGUGGACAACACUUUCUCUGGUGGUGUAUUCCGUGGUGGGGGACUCGAUCAGAUCAGCAUUGUGGGUACUGUCAAUGAGGAGGUCGGUGACUACUUUCCUGAUUUUCUUGAUGAAUUGGAGUCUGACCCUUUCAUCCGUGCUGUGACCCCUUGGGGACGCAUGUCGAAAGAGAAAAUGGAGUCUCGGAAAGAAAGCGAUGAUGGACCUAUCCUUUGGACAAGGCCCGGGGAGCAGAUGAUCCCGCCUGCAGAAAUGCCCAAGUCGCCCACUAAGAGAAAACGUUAUGAUGUUUUCAGAGGAGCAAAUGAGCUCCGGAACCUGCAGUACCUUCCUCGGUCUUCUGAACCUCGGGAGAUGCUCUUUGAAGACCGCACCCGUUGCCAUGCCGAUCACGUUGACCAUGGGCCAGACCGCAUGACCACAGCUGCUGUUGGCAUGCUUAAGGCUGUUCAUAGCAGAGGCCCGAACAAGGAAGAGUACAACCCGCCUGAAGGCCGUAUAGUGAAGGAUGUGAUCUGUUUCCACCCUGGUGACUUCGCCGCUCUCACCUCUAAGCUCCAGUUGGAUUUACAUGAGCCGCCAGUCUCUCAAUGUGUCACAUGGGUAGAGGAGGCCAAGCUGAAUCAGCUAAGGCGUGACGGCAUCCGGUACGCCCGCAUCACGCUGCGAGACAACGACAUCUACUUCAUACCACGCAAUGUCAUCCACCAGUUCCGCUCAGUGUCUGCAGUGACCAGCAUCGCCUGGCAUGUCAGAUUAAAGAUCUAUUACAAGCAUCUGUUGGAAGAGGAGAGAAAGGCUGAGAGCAUGGACAGCACAAGUGUGGAGGUGACACCUCCAAUGGUGAGUGUUCCCAUCAAGGUGGAGAACCUUCCAGAGUGUGACAGCGACAAGAGAGUUGAAGAAGUGAAGCCAGAGGAGCUACCUGUUGUCCUACCUCUACCGUCUCCCAAGAAACCAGUCGUCGCCGAACCUGCUGUCAGCAUGGCUGAGAGAAGCAAAGACAAAGUUUAUUCAGAGGACAAGAACAGGAUAAAAAGCAACAGCAGUAAAGAAGGGAAAGAGAAAGGGGAUGUGGAUAAAGGUAGAGGGAAGUCGGAAAAAGGAAUCGGCAGAACCGGGGAGAGUCAUGGUGGGACUCCCGUGAAAGAUAGAGAUAAGAUAAAGGAAAAGGCUCUUUUCAAAGGACUGUCUUUGGGCGGCAACAAGGAGAAAGUUACAAAGAUGGACAAAGAGAAGACGAAUGGGUCUGAGAAAUCGUCUGUGUCUUUGUGUGGCCAACAAGUGUCAGGGUCUGCUGGCAUGUCAUCGAAGACUUCAUCAUCUCAGUCAUCUCUGGAGACACCGAAAGAGAAAGAAAAGAUUGUGAUCUCUAAGAGCAAGGAGAGUUCCAAGAAUGAGUUGAAGAAAAAAGUUUUGUCUUCCAGUGAUAUGGUCAAAGGGAAAAAUCACCACCAUCACAGUGAUUCGCUGAAGAAAAUGAAGAGUGGUGGAGAAAGUAGUAGCAGGUCCAAGUCAGAUCCCAGUAAAGUGGAGAAGAGUGAGUCGUCUCACCACCACAGUGGUCAUCACCGCCCCAGCCACAGCACAGACAGUAGCAAGUCGGAGCGAGACAGGCAGAAGAAGAGCCGGUCGUGCCAUGGUGAGAAGGUGGAGAAUAAUGGGGUCAGGACAAAUAAUGAUAAGACAAAGAUGACUGACAUGCUCAUAAAGGACCUGGCUAAAGGUGGGAGUAAGUCAAGCAGUUGUGCUGUUGCUGUCGGGUCAAGUGGUUCGUCAUCCAAAACUGCAUCUGCCCUGCAGGAAAAUUCAAAACCGAGACAUUCACCAGACAAAUCUAAACACAAAUCAUCAUCCAGUGGUUUGUCCAAAGGAAUGUCAGACCAGAAGUCGUCAGACAAGCAAAAGAGAAGUGAUCGGGGGGAGGCACAUCACAAGAAAGGUCAUGAAAGCAACAGUCGUAGCUCAGUAGACAAGCAAAGCAGUAGCCGGGACAAAGCACGAGAGAAGGACAAAAUGUCUGUAGAAUCUCAUAGAGACAAGAGAGUAGAAAGCAAACCUCACCACAGUAAGCUCAAAUCUUCUUCCAGUACGUCGUCUCCUUCUACCAAAUCGAUGUGGCUUUCUGAUUCACAAAAGUCCAAGUCGGAGCACAAGUCUAGCUCCAAGAAAUUCGAGGUGGACAAAAAAGAAAGAGAUAUCGAUAACAAAAAGAGGGAAGAGAGAAGUACUUUGCCUGGAGUCACAUCAGCGAAUGCUGAUUUUAGACCUGCUGUUGUUACACGGCAGCCUUCACCCAUUACGAGAUCUGAAAUGAAAGUGGAGAGGUCAGAGAUGAGUGGAAAGGAAAAUUUUGAAGAAGAGGUCAAGCAGAAUGGUUCUGGAGGCGGUAGUACAAGUCGUCAAAAUAAAGAUAAGGAUUCUAGUGAUAUAGUAACUGAGAAGAGUUGUGAAGGAAAAGAACAAACUGACAGUUCUGAACGAAACUAUUCACAGCAAAAUCCAUUAUUACCUACUUCCGGUGUGGACACCAGCUCUGUUACCGAAACGGGUGGUUCUGAUUUUGUUGGUGAUAGCAAAACUUCUGACAGCCAGUCUGCUGACAUUGCAGAUGUGAUACAAGAAGAUAAGAAACCAGCACUGAAGCGCAAGUUGUCAGAAGACCAUACUACAGUAACUGCUGUUGUUGAACCAAACUGUAAACAAUUGAAGUUGAAUGCAGAGGAACAAUGUCUUGAUGUGCAAAAAGCGUCAGACAUUGUGAUGGGUUCUGAUCAGGUGGCUGGUUCUGAGAGCCAAAUUGUGCCUUCAGCCUCGGGUGAGAGCCAAGACACAAACAGCCAAGCUUGAGACGUCUGAAUGCAGCCCAGUGUUUGUGCAUAGUUGAUCAUUGAGAUGUUUACUUUAAAGGAUGCCUCAGUGCCAAAUCACAGGCAAGCUGUUCAAAUGUACUAAGACCAGAAAGCAACUUUUUUCAGGAAAGAGCAAAACCUUUUUCAUUCUUUUAACAAUUGUACGUACAUUAUGUCUUUUCAUGAUUUUUAAAUUUUUUUUUUCAACCUUUUGA